AAUUUUGCUUUAGCAAAGACUCAAACCCAUUCAGCGAGGAUUCUAACCCGAAACUCGUGCGCCAUCUAUAAGUAGAAGUUCGAACUAAAAUAGCAAAUGCGUGAGCGCACGUUAUCUGUUCUAACCUUUCCAACAUAACCUGUGUGUUCAAACUUUGAAAGGAAAUAAAGUAUAAAACUUUCUAAAAAUGUGCCGUAUAACUUAUUAAAGUCGGAGGCAUCUUGCCAUUAAGAGGGAAAAAAAGGAAAGAAAAAAAAUAAGAUUUUUCUAAGAUACAUGAAGACUGGCGAGGACUUCCCUAUUAGAUAACAUUCGCUUGCAAUUAACUCGAGGCAACAUGCAUCGGACAGUAAUGUGGCAAUAACAGGGAAAUUUUCUGACGACGACGAGGACGAUGGGUGGUGCAAUUGGUGUGCAUCAUCGCGCAAUAAAUUUGUAGCGGGAUGGCGAUGACGGAUGAUUGGGUCAACUUCGUGACGGAUCCCUGUCCCAUCAAACCACGUAAAAUCGGGCCGCAGAACGUGGUGGUCCGGCUUCGUCAGCGGGAAACGAUGGGCUGCCCUUACCCAGGUACGCACGUGCACAGCGCGAGGCAGUUCUAUCAGAACGUCUUUCCCAACUUCACCGUGAUGAACGUGGAGAAACCGCCGUGUUUCCUCCGUAAGUUCAGUCCGGACGGGAAGUACCUGGUGGCGUUCAGUGCGGACCAGACGUCCAUCGAGGUGUAUCAGUACUGCGCUUCGGCGGCCGCGGACUUGUUGGCCGAUUGCGAAGGCGAAUACAUCGGCCACAAGAACGACGACCGUAGCUUUCGUAUAAGAAGUAAUAUCUUCGCGAGAUUUUUCAAGGUGAAAUGGAUUAUAAAUGUAGUACAAAGCAACCAGCAAUUGAACAGAGAAUGCAGUCUUUUCACAGACGAUGCGAGGUAUGUGAUUGUAGGCUCAGCUGCUCAUAUUCCUGAAGAAUUGAGACCGCACUUCUAUCAGAUUUAUUCCAAUAAUGAGGCAUUGACUCCGAAUCCCCGGUCUCCUCUUGAAGACUACAGUUUGCACCUUGUUGAUUUACGUGGUGGAAAAUUGUGUGACACUAGACAUUUUAAAGUUGACAAAAUUUAUCUAUCACAUAACCAAGGUCUUUAUUUAUACAAAGAUAUAUUAGCAGUCUUAUCAGUGCAACAUCAAAACAUACAUAUCUUUCAAAUUCUUGAUGGCAUGUUUAUAAAUGUGAGGACAAUAGGAAGAUUUUGUAUGGAAGAUGAUGCAUAUUUAGUUACAAGUGCUUUUCCUGGAAUCAAUUGCAGACCAUUUAAAGACAUUGCAAUAAAUAGUCUUAAACAUAGAUUAUUAGUAUAUUUAUAUAAACGAGCAAAAUAUAUAAGCAAAGCAACAAAGGAUCCAUACGAAUUAAGAAGAUUUUCAUAUUUUGAUCAGCUAAAUUCGUUACGUAUGUGGAAGAUGCAGUUAUUGGAUACAAAUCAUAUCCUGGUGAGAUACGCGAGCGAAGAAGUAGCGACUUUGCAAGCAAAUGAACAUGCGCAGCCUGCGCUAUUAGUAGUUUACGAUAUGGUUGCAGCAAAAAUUUUGGCAGCGUACGACAACGCAUCGACUCAACUGUUGACCCUAUUUGAAAAUUUCAGCGAUUUUUUCAGAAAUGCCAGAAUGAGCACGGAUUGCCAAUACAUGUGUUCGCCAUCCAAUAAUAUAUAUGCCAGAUUGCUACAGCAAAGAUUUAAACAAACGAUAAUAAGUGCUAGAUACGGUGGCAUUACCGAAGCCACGAAAAGAUUACUCGCCCAGUUGCCGAUAUGCGCUCAGUCCUAUUCAAGUUCUCCGUACCUCGACUUAUCAUUAUUUUGCUACGAUGAUAAAUGGGUUUCUAUGAUGGAACGCCCUAAAGCAUGCGGGGAACAUCCAAUACGCUUCUAUGCACGUGACUCGGGUCUCUUAAAAUUUAGAAUGUACGCCGGUAUGUCGGGACGAACAACACCAACAGCUGCAAGACGAUUGGUCGCAUUCACGUUCCAUCCGACAGAUCCGUUCGCGAUUUCAGUCCAACGUACUAAUGCAGAAUAUAUUGUCAGUUUUCACGUUAGGCACGUUUGAGUCUUCCUUUCUUCGACAGAUGUAUGUAUCUUGAUCUAAUAUCAAUACGAUUUCUUAUAUUAAAAUUUGAGAGAGGCGAGAGCUGUUGCUAAAGUACAAAACGGAUCUUAUAUUUCAAAUAAAAAUCUAAUGACAAAGUGAUUGUACAAAACUACAUCAGAUUUAAAGAUUUGCAAUUUACUACUACUGAGUAAGAUGUAUAAUGUUAUAUAUAAUUUAGUAUAUUAUACUUUUAAUACAAUUGAAAAUCAAGAACUUGAAAUUACAAAAGAAAUUACGAAAUGUA